AUGUACCUUUGUGCAGCACUAGAGCUUUUGGAGCACUUCCUCUACCUUCGGUCCUCGCCGUCGAAAGCCGCCGCUCUCAUCGCCCCUGAAUCGGAGCCAGAGAUCAAGAGGCUCAUUUUGAGCCAGAUGAAAGCCGAGUGGGAGAUGGUCUUGAGGCUUGAAAAGAGCUCGGCCACGGCGGCCGAGUUGCACGAGCACUGCCGGCACGUGUGCUACCAAUGCUACCGCGAGCUCAUGGCGGCAUGGGAGAAGCACGGGUGGAAGGAGCAUCCGGAUUGCCUCAGCCUGACUUUGUCGUGGUACCCCGAAAUCGCAUGGUCCGCGAACAUCGAAAGCCUGUUCAAGGAGAUGACGACGGCAGUGAAAAGGUCUGGCCAGAGUGAUGUGGGCUCGCUCUCCAACCUGAUGGCUGUUGCGAUCCGUGGGCUACAUCGUCGCUUGUGCAUCGGCGACGACACCGCCGCACCUUUGAGCCUCGUGAAAGAGGAUUGGUGUGGACCACAAGCUCCCGCACUGAAGCCGAAGAUCUUCAAUCCCACGAUGGGACGAGAUCCCCCCGCUGAGAUUCCGAAUUUCUGGGUGCCCGAGACCAUCUUUCCAGGGAUCCUUUUCUCGCAGGGUGAGAGCUACUUCUUAUCCUUGGGGCGAACACCGGCGAUCCUGAAUGCUGUGCAGCUGAAGGAGUUGCCCUGGUCCUUCCAGGGUCCUUUGCCCGCGAUGCAGAAGGAUGAGACUCGCAUCCCGGCAAGCGAGGACUUGAGUGCCGAAGAUGUGCUGUCAGCGGAUGAGAGCACCCGGGCGCUGACGCUGAACAUUGGAAGGCAUUUGGUCUGCAAGCUGCUCGUGAAGGCUGACGAGGUGCGAUGUUACGAUUACACCACCCACCUGUGCGACCAGAGCCUUGGAGAGAAGUGUGGCACGAACCUCGUCUUGCGACGGGGCAAGAAGGCCUUCUCGCUGAUGCCUUUUCUGGUGGAGAAAGGCUUCAUCCUGAAGCUUACGAAUGCCAGCCUCAUGGACUAUCUUGGUUCCUGUGGCCUCCGAAUGCCGAAGAACACAACGAAGGCGGCACGAAUCAGAAGAAUCCUCCAAUUGGACAGCAUCACUCAGGAAUGCAGUGCGGACAAGAUCAGAGAUGUUUUGGCAGUGCUGGACAAGCAGGAAGAGAAGAGAAGAAAGAAGGAAGAGAAGGCGAACGAGCCAAGCAACGAGGCGCUAAAUCCUGAAUCCGCCAUUUUCAUGAUUUAUGUGUACUUUCAUCGAACACAUGACUCGCGAAAACCAUAG